GCUAUGGAUUUCGACGAGGAGCUUAAGAAGGUGGGCGAGUGGGGCGCCUAUCAGCGGCUAAUCCUGUACAGUUUCCUGCUACCCGCGACUCUGCCGUGCGCCUUCCAUGCCUACAACCAACUCUUCAUGGCGUCCACUCCGCCUCACUGGUGCAAGGUGCCCGAACUUGAACGCCUGGCGCCUUAUCUUAGCCCAGAGGCGCGAAGAAACUUGAGCAUUCCGUACGACAACACCAGAAAACGUUACAGCAGCUGCCAGAUGUACGACUACAACUACACCGAGCGUCUCACUUCACUUGGAAUAAUCAACUCGUCUACCGCUCCCCCUAUCGGUGAAGGUAGUGACACCGUAGCCCCGGUGGUGCCAUGUGGGGAGGGUGGUUGGCACUACCAGCUACCUGCCAACUCUACCAGCGUCGUGGCUCUGGUAGGUGGUACUUGUAUCAUUGUUUGGUCAAAGUCCCAGCUAGGUAGACACCCGUCCUUCUACAUCUACCUAACGGUGCUGGUAGUGUUCGGGACAGCCACGGCGUUCGCCCCGACGUUCGAGGUGUGGCUGAUGUGUCGCGUGGGGGCGGGCUUUGCUGUACCUGCGAUCUUGUCAACACCUUUUGUUCUCGGGAUCGAGCUAGUCGGGCCUCACCAGAGGACAUACACUUCGGUGAUGCUGAACGUGGCCUACUCGUGUGGCCUGAUCCUGCUUGCGGUUGUGGCCUACCUCGUCAGGGACUGGCAGAGCCUCUGCCUCGUCACCACUCUGCCCUUCAUCGUCUUCUUCUUCGCAUUCAAGUCUCACAUUUUGCUCUCUUACUACUUUACAUUGUCACUAUAUUUUAACAAGCAAAAUUUAUUGGCAAAUUACUCCUCUGUCAAUUUCCUCCUCUUGUCAACAGGCGCAGGUGAGCCUCCUGACUUCCUGCAACAGGCGCAGGAGCGAGCCUGCCUCUUGCAGCAGACGGACGAGUGCCCGUCCUCUGUGGACGCUAAGCCCCCCGCGGAAGACGAGGGGCGCCGGUACGGCGUUUUGGACCUUUUCAGGACCCCCAACCUGGCACGCAAAACUGUCAUCAUCACCUUCAUUUGGUUCACGAACACGUCGGUGUACGUGGGGCUGUCUUACUACGCCCCCGCCCUCGGGGGUGACCCGUACCUGAACUUCCUGCUGGCUGGGCUGUCGGAGCUGCCGACGUACCUCUUCUUGUGGCCCAGCAUGGAGUUCUGGGGGCGCCGCUGGACUCUCUGUACCUCCAUGAUCAUCGGCGGCGCCGCCUGCAUCGCCACCGUCUGCGUGCAGGAAGACGCUGGGCUGACGCUAGCACUGUACUGCGUUGGCAAGUUCGGGAUCUCGUCUUCGUUCGUGGCGCUGCCGCUGCUGGCGUCAGAACUGUACCCGACGGUGGUGCGGGGAGUGGGGCUGUCAGUGUCAGCAGUCGCUGGCAUGCUGGGGCCAAUAGUUGUGCCUCUUAUCAACCAUCUCGGCUCAGAGAUGCUGGUGCUGCCGCUGAUGAUCAUGGGGGGCCUGCUGGUGCUGGGGGGCCUCUUCUCCCUACUGCUGCCUGAGACGCUGCACCAGGUUCUGCCAAACACGCUGCAGGAGGGAGAGCAGUUCGGUCAGAACCUCUCAGCGAGCGACUACUGCAACUGCUGCCCAGCCCGCAGGUCCAAUGGCAGAGUCUCCUCCACCGAACGCCAGUACGGGCAGUUGGCCACCGCAGCCACGCAGCGGCCGAAGAAUGUUAAUUAAUAUUCUUUUUCAUUAAUAGUGGGAAUGAUAAUUAUUAAUAUAUUAAUUAGUAAUUAGAGGUAAUGAUUUUCCUUUCAUAUGAAGGCUAGAAACAGAAACUCAUACCAGCAUAAACACCGACAAGGGAAGGCGGGUCGAGAUGAUAAAAUUGUUAAAAAUUACACAGCAAUUACACAGUAAUUACAC